AGGUAACAGCUGAGUCAUCGCGAAUGAUACUCCACCUCCACAACACGUCGCAUACCACCACCACCACCACCCAACUGCACGUCGAUCGCUUCAAACCCUCUGCCUGGUUUUCCUUUUAUUAUAAGCACUGGCCUUGUUCAAACAACCUUCACACCCUUCUUCUCAUUCUCAUUGCACACAGUAACACAAGUUAACACACACCAUACACCUACACAGAGAUAGACUCAUCACAUAAUCUUUUCUUUUCUUUUUUCUUUGAGAAGACCAUGGCUUCUGAGAAAGUUAUGAGAGAGAAUGUUUCAGGCGAGCGAGACGAAAUCCAUGUCCAAAAAGAUACAGUCCCCAAGAUAACUAGCCAUUUUGAGUCUCUUGCUGAGAAAGUUAGAGGCUCCGACAUCCCUGGAGGUGUCACAGAUUCCAGUGAAGAUCAUCAUCCUCAGAAAAAAGAACAACAAUAUGAAGCAGAGAAACAGAGAGGAGUAGGCGAAUUCGAAGUCCAUGCAGAAGAGGAAGAAAAAAAGGGUGGUUCUUCUGAGCAAGAGAGAAGAACAAACAUGGCAGGCAAACAAGGCGAAGAAACUGAAAAGGAGAGAGAGAAGAAGCAAAUAAGGGAUAGGAAAGAGGAAGAUAUUUCAAAUUACAGACAAACUGCACAGCAGAAUUCUAUGGAGGAUUCUAUGGAGGCCAACAACAACAAGGAAAAGGACACUGCUGUACAAGGGGAUCCUAAAAUUUCACAGUACGUGGUAGAGAAGGGCAGUGCUGUGAAGGACACAGUCCUAGAGAAGACAGACAAGGCCAAGGACUCUACUGCACAAACGGCAGAGCAGGCCAAAGAUUACGCUUCACUGAAAGCGGCCGGGGCUAAAGAAGUCACGGUGGACACUGCUAAGAAAGUCGGGAGUUAUGCGGGGGAGAAGGCAGCGGCUGUGAAAGAUGCGGCGGUGGAAACGGGGAAGAGUGCUGCAGGGUAUGCGGGGAAGGUGGCUGUUGAUGUGAAGGACAAGGCGGCCGUGGCGGGUUGGGGGGCCGCGCAUUAUACGUGCAAGAAGACAGUGGAGGCGACGCUGGCUGCGACUAAUAUGGCUCAGGGAGUGGCUGGGUACACAGGGGACAAGGUGGUUGCGGCCAAGGAUGUAGUGUCGCAUGCCGGACAGCGUGCCGUGGAAUAUACCGGUGAGAAAGUGGCUGCUGCGAAGGAUGCUGUGGUGGCAACUGAAGAAAGUGCCAAGGAGUAUACAGCAAGGAAAAAGGCAGAGGCUGAGAGAGAAUUACAAGCCAGGAAAUCAACUCAAUCAAAGGGAGAAAGUGGAGGGCAAGAAGAUAGCACCAGUGUUGAAGAAGCAAAGAGUAUGGCAAAAGAAGUGAUCUAA